AUGGGAGCCGCUGCAUCGGUGGACGACCCGGACGCGUCCGUGAUAUUUAAAGAGACGAAAGAGGAGUACGAUCGUCGCAUUGCGGCGGGUGACUCGAAAGAAGAGAUUUUCCGUAGUCUUCGUGACGUACUAACGGAUCCAACGACGCUCAAGAUGAUCCUCAAGUACGCGGAAGCCAACAAAGUGCCCAGUGGAGCGGACAUGCUUCGAUUUUGGGUCGAAAUUGACGAAUUGCAGCAUCUUCCGUCCCAUUCGUACACUCACCGGCGUCUACGCAAGAUUUAUGACAAGUUUUUAUCCCCAGAAGCGCCUUCACCCGUUUGUGUCACGGCGCAAAUGCUGCAGGAUAUCGAAAAAGCGCUCGAAGGAGAUAAUAUCUCCGCUGGAAUCUACGCCGGUGCACAGCAAAUCUGCUUUAUCGCGCUGGAAAAAUCCGUGUAUCCACGCUUCCGAGAGAGUAAAUUAUUCCGGAAGAUGCAGGAUUUCUGCGCCCCAAUCGUUCCUAACUCUGGAGCAUCGUCUAGUACUGGAUCAGGCAACGGACCCACCCCUCUUGCGGUUGCUUCGGCUACAGGAACUGUGGCUGCCAACAUCACGGAUAAUCUGGACGAGGCGGAAGAUUUUUCCCUUUUGGGCAUUCUAGCGCAUCCAGCUAAACUACGGUUCCUCAAGACAUUUUGUAUGGAAGCUUUGGCGCUGGAAAAUCUGCUUUUCUAUCUGGAAGUCGAGGACUGCAAGCGAUUGCCAAACUUGUCGUUCGUGGUCAACAAGACUCGAAAAAUUUAUGACCGGUACUGCUCUCCGGCGUCCAAAAACUUUAUCGUCGGGCUGGGAGAUAAUGGAGCGUUGAAAGAAAUCCACGAUGUCGUGGAGAAUAAAGGAGCUCUCGUGCCCAAGUUAUUCUACGAAAUCCAGAUGGGUGUCUUUAACCGUAUUAGCGACGAAAUCUGGCCCGGAUUCUGCCGCUCACAGGAAUAUCUGGACCACUCGAAAGAGGUCAAACCAGACGCCAAACACCUUACACGACGUGGCAAUCGAUUCGAAGAGAGUGAGGCUGUCCACAAGAAGCUGGACGGACUGGCAGAGUUCCAGCUUAUUGACACUGCUAUGCAUUAUCCGGUUGCGAAACUUAUCCCUCUUUCGUUUCCCGACUCCAUUCAAGGGGCGGCGCGGCGAAAAUCCAUCCAAAAACUCGAGGAAGAACAAACUCUUACGCCUGAACAAGAACUGACAUUGCUGCUGAACGAUCCCUAUGCCAAAAAAUACCUCAAGCUCUUCAUGACUCGACGAGGUGUCGACUCAUUGCUAGCGUUCUGCGAAGAAGUGGAGGAUUUUAAGCUGUUACCAGGUAUCGAAUUUCUUCAGCAUUCCGCCAAGAAAAUCUACCGCAAGUACAUCGUCCCCAGCGCUCGACUGCAGGUGGAUAUGAGUAAGACCAUGCGAGAUGAGAUUUUCACGAGACUCUCGAAUCCAAGCGUGGACAUGUUCAAGAAAAUCGCUAAUCGUGUACGCCACGGGAUGCUGCAGGACUCGCUCCCGCGCUUCGUCAAGUCAAAUUACUACAAGGAACUGCGUCGAGACAGUAAAUCUACUCCUGCAGAUGCACACUUGGCCACUGUCGAUCAAGCAGCAAAAGCGGGGAAGCUGGAGCUUUGCCACUUGGAUGUUUUUCUAACAUAUCCAGGGUGCAUGCAAGCGUUCCAAGACUGCCAAGUUACCAGAUUGUACUGCGGUCGGCCAAGAAAAUCUACGACAAAUAUCUGA